GUAGACGGACCUUUCGGCACUGCUAGUUGCACAUAGAGUUACAGAACAUUUUAAACUGAUUAAUGCAUUAGUGGAAGAGUUUAUGCCUUUUGUACAAUAGAUCUGCAUAAUAUUGAAUCGUCUGGCUGGUUUGUUGUUGUUGCACUUCAUGGAGCGGAAACGGGAAGAAGACAUAGAUUGGGGAGAGCGAUUAUACAGAGAGGAUCCGCUCACAACUGUAAACAAAAGCGGAAAAGCUGUUUUAGUGAAGAAUGCACACGAAGGACUGGCGCUGCCAUUGACAGAAUAUGAGAGAUGUUCUGUUAUAUCAGGACAGUGUGUGUAUUAUCAUUACGGCUGUGAUGGACAGGACGACAGAGGCUGGGGUUGUGGAUACCGGACUGUUCAGACUAUAGGCUCUUGGUUCAAUAAUGUUUCUCACGGUGGAAAAUCCAGACCUCCGCCUAGUCUCCCUGAAAUCCAGCAAGCUCUAGUUACAGUAGGAGACAAAUCAGCCUCGUUUUUAGGCUCUAAAGAGUGGAUAGGGACUUGCGAGGCUGCUUUGGUGCUUGAUCAGCUGUAUGAUGUCCCCUGCCGGCUGAUGCAUGCGCGCAGUGGGGGGAAAGAGCUCGAGCAGGCGGCUCAGGACCUGCACCUCCAUUUCCUCACCCGCGGAUCACCAGUAAUGAUGGGUGGAGACAGGGACAACUCCUCCAAAGGCAUUCUGGGUGUCUGCACUGGGAAAGAAGGCAGCUACCUGCUGAUAAUGGAUCCGCACUAUCACGGUCCUGCCUUGGACAGAGAGUCUCUGCAGAGGAAUGGCUGGGUAGCAUGGAGAAAAGUUCAGUCUCUCGAUCAGAGCUCCUUCUAUAAUCUUUGUUUGCCCCAAACAUAAGCUUGAUUCCACUUAUUGGUUAUGCCACAGCUUCCUAACACUGGUCCAGGGAAAACACUCAAAUGUGCAAGACACAGCGGUAUUCUAGGACCAGGGUUUCAAACUUUUGUGCUAAUGUUACCCAGCUGUUUAGUUUUCUAAACUGUUUGGCAUAAAUAUUCAUUCAUUCAUUCAUUCAUUCAUUCAUUCAUUUAUCUUCACUAAGCACUUUAUCCUGGUCAGGGUUGUGGUUGGUCUGGAGCCUUUCACAGAAACACUGAGAGUAAGCUGGGAGAAUUCACCCUGGAUGGGAUGCCAGUCCAUUACAGCACAACACACCACAUACAAUUUUGCACUCAAGUCUCCUUUAGUGAACAGUGGACUAGUGCUGGCUCAAAUUUAGCCUAUUACCCAAAAACAUUUCAAAUGUUCAUUUCAUUUUUAUCCACAACACUAGUCCAAGAAAACACCCUUCAUAUAAAAACCAUAAUGAACUUUCCUUUACUUUCACAUUAUCUGUUGUUACCCAGAUGAGGACGGGUUCCCUUCUGAGUCUGGUUCCUCUAAACAAUAUUGUUAGUUAAUUAACAUGAUAUAACUUAUAUCUUAUGAUUUGCACAUAUCUAAUAUGAGUUAGGAAUCCUUCUGACCUACACUGCUUUUUAUUUUUGUAAGGAGUAUAAUCAUAUGUGGGACGCUUACCUGUACU